AUGGAGCCUGACGUUGUAAAAGAUAUUGUAACUUCUAGUACAAUUCUCCAAUCAAAAAAUCUGGAAAUUGGAGUAUUAAUAGGUGACGACGAUAGUUCAACUAUAGCAGCUUGUCGUGCAGCUAGCUCACAUACCAUUGUGAAACACUCUGACAUAAAUCACGCAUCCGGAGGCGUCAAAAAAGAACUGUAUAAAAUUGAAAAACGUCACAAAGAGCUAACUAAGGAUGGUAUAUUAUAUCUUCAUCGAUGCUUCACAUAUGCGUUGGCUCAAAACAAAGGGAAUAGUGCUGCUUUAGCAGAUGCCAUUCAAUGUAUUCCUUACCAUGCGUUUAAUGACCACAGCAAAUGUGGUACUUGGUGUGGAUAUAUCAUUGAUAAAGAAAAUUACGAUCACAGAAUAAUCCCCGGAGGUUUUCAUGAUUUCCAGCUAUUUGAAAGCCUAAGGGAGAUCUUCGAUAAAUUAGCAUCAAAUGCUCAAAAAUUUUCUGCAGGUGCCUCGAGUAAUGCAAAUGAAAGUCUCAAUGCUAUUAUGGCAAGCAAGGCUCCAAAGUCUCGCUGUUAUAGUAUGUUAGAAUCAGCAGACUUUCGGUUUGCUUGUGCGAUCGGUCAAAAAAAUAUAGGAGAAGAUUAUACUCAAAAAGUUGUUACAUCUCUUGGAUUGUCUCCUGGAAAAUUUCAUUCAAGACACAUUUCUAAGAUCAAUCAUACCGUCAAAUGUCGGCGGCGCCUGAUCAAAAAUCCAACAUUUAAAAAAAAUCGUUUAGUUCUGAAAAAGCGCAGUUCUGCUUUACGACACAGAAUAGAAAAUCGCGAAGGUGUAACGUACGAAGGUAACUGUGCUCUUUUUAAUACGCAUGCCGUGGAAGAUGAACCAGAACCAGAGCACUCUAGUAUUGAAGAAGAAAGCAACAAAAUGCCUCCCAUUAUUCUAGUCGAUUUGGAGACUUUUGGCUUUGGAAGAGGCUGUGAUAUAUUGCAAAUUGCUGCGAAAUGUGGUUCAUUAACUUUUGAAACUUACGUGAAUCCGACCCAGCAAAUUUCGUCAUCUGCCACUAGCGCCAAUGGUCUAACAAAUAAUUUUGGAGAACUUAUGUAUCAUGGAGUACAAGUCUCAUCCGUUCCUUUAAGAGUGGCAAUGGGAAAUUUCCAUUCUUGGCUAAGCUCGUUUGAACAAAAAUCCUACAUAGCAACGCACAAUCUUAGCUUCGAUGGCCCAAGAAUCUAUGAUGCGAUUACAUCAUGCAGCUUACAGAGUGAUUUUUCGGAAGUCGUUCAUGGUUUCAUUGACACAUUGUAUGUUAUUAGAAAACAUACUGGUCGAAAAGGCAAGGGUGAAUGUACUAUUACGGGCUUGGCAGAAUGGUUAAACGUCUCGAGUGCUAAUACUCAUAACGCAAUAUACGAUGUAGAAAUCUUACACAAAAUUCUCAAGAAAUAUUUCGGUCAUUGUAUCAUGAGUUCUAAUAGCCCUCCAACCGAGGCGCUGAAACCAAUAUCUAAAAAGUUCUAG